UUUAAACAAAGUUCGACGCAGGUUCCUAGAUCAGCAGCUACUUCAACACUUAAAUCUUGCAAGUUAUUAUACGUUUCGGAAGGCAUCUAGGAAGUUGACAAAUAAAGUGAAUUGGAUUUACUGAUCAUGGUUCGAGUUUUGCUAAUACUGAAAUGUUUGAUGUCAGUCGGUACAACAACACAGUUAUCAGUGACGACAACAGCCAUUGACAGCAUGUUAUUAGCAGAUACUGGAGUUUUUAGAAGUGAAUAUAAAUCAUUCCUCUUCAGUGUGAAAGGAUGUCGGGAUGCUCACUUAAAACUAUUAUCGCAUGAAACCGAAGUUCGACAAUAUUAUCAAGUCCUUAUCGGGGGUUGGGGUAAUAGUAUGUCGAUGCUAUCUAUAAUAAUGGAUGGUAUUACGAAUGUGGAUUCGAGCAACUCUUCAGAAAUGGACUGCGAUGUUUACAAACAAUUUUGGAUCAGCUGGGAUCAAGAUGUGAUAAAAGUUGGGAGAGGAAACGCGACUGGUGAUGAUGUGUUUCUGUUAUAUGAAGAUAGAUGUUCGUUCAGUAUAAAGAAUAUCCAAAUAAGUGGUGGUUCAGAUUGGAAUCUCGAUCUUGCAAAAGUUGAUUGGAUAAUGUAUUCUACUCCCUUUAUUCAUGCUCCCGUUCCAACUGGCAAUGGAUAUACUGUAAAUGUCUACAAGGAAAUGUUCUGUUAUACUUUUGAUGAACUACGGUCAGUACAAAUGCCUUCAAAAGUUAAAUGUGGAAUUGAAUGUGCUGUUGAACUUAGCUGUAGUGGAUUCUUGUACUACAACGACAGUAAAUUGUGCGAAAUGAUGUCAUACGAUGCCUUUACGUACACCACUACUGCUUAUUACAGAAAACAGCUACAGAUUUAAGAGUGAAAUGAGGAAUUCUACCUUUUGAAAACGAAUAGAUAUUCCCAUUGUUUAUUAAUUCAACUUAUCUCCUCUCAAUCUUGACCACAGUUUGAUUGUCGCCAAGUUUUGAUUUCAGUAUCACGGCUUGUUCUUCAUACUUCGUGAACAUAAACUGUUCUGUUUUAUAGUCCAAAUCUUCAAAAAUAAUUUAAAAAAGGAAAUUUUCUUUAUGUUGUUUAAUUUGUGUACCUAUCAUAUCUUUGACUAAACAGUAGAUAUUAACUGAUCAUUGAUUUCUAAAUUUCUGCCAAAUUAUCAAACGUUUUACAUAGGAAAACAUUCAGUCAUGGAAUUCUUAUGUUUGUGUUCUAUUUUUAAAAUGUGAUUCAUUUCACAGAAAGCAUUAACUAGUGUCUCCAGUUUUUCAUCAAUGCACGAUUACUUGGAAUGGACAAGCUUAACUAUCACCAUGAAGCAAAAGGUGUUCACACUAACGUUACGCACGCUGUUCCUACAACCCUUAGGAUUUAAAAAAGAAUCUUCGACAUUUCGACAAGUUAGAAAUAGAUUUUUCGGUUUAGGUUCAGAUCCCUGUUUUCUCUUUGUUAUCCCUUUCCAUUAGUUUUUCCGUUUUUCUUAUUGUGUAUGUUAUUAUGGAUAUUUUUGUAAUAAUAGCGGGUUUUCAUA